AGUGCUCUGUGAAAUGUUCAGGACAUACCGGUGUCCAGUGAGUGGAGCAUACAGCAGGUGCUCAGAGAAGUCUAGAAUGAAUGGCAGGUGGAAGGCUGUGGCCCCUGGGAGUCAUUGGGGCUUGGCCUACCUUGUGGGGAGAGGCAGGCUGUGGAGGAGGCCGUGGGGCGAUGGGGUCCGUCUGCCCUCACCCCACCCUCCUCUCCCGCAGGGAGCAGCACAUCGCAGAGUGCAUGGCCCAGAUGCCGCGGCUGAUUGAGGACUGGCGACGGCAGAAGCGGGAGCGCUGGGAGAAGGCCCAGGCCGACAAGGAGAGGAAGGCCCGGCUGCAGGCCGAGGCCCAGGAGCGCCUGGGCUAUCACGUGGACCCGAGGAGCGCCCGCUUCCAGGAGCUGCUGCAGGACCUAGAGAAGCAGGAGCGCAAGCGCCUGAAGGAGCAGAAGCAGAAGCAGAAGCAGGAGGCGCGGGCUGCCGCUUUGGCUACCGUUGCAGCCUCUGGGACACCCAGCUCCUGAGCUGUGCUUUCUCAAUAAAGGCCUGUCCCCGUCCCGGUCCCCCCCAG